UAAUAUGCCGAUCUACACAUUGGCGAUCUGUGACGGCAUGAUGACGUAGACGUCCAAACAGGAAGUUUAAACAGCACGUUUCGUCCGUUGCCCACAUGACCACACGUUUCAGCUGCUGUCGUCAGUAAUAAACAACGUAAAUGCCGGAUCCGCCAUGAUGGCAGCAAGCACGCUGAGCUUCAGAAACAUCACCGCCCUGGCUCCGAUGGUCCGGGUGGGGACGCUGCCCAUGAGGCUGCUGGCUCUGGACUACGGAGCUGAUGUGGUUUACUGCGAGGAGCUGAUCGACAUCAAAAUGGCCCAGUGUCGCAGGGUGAUGAACGAGGUUCUGGAGACGGUGGAUUUUGUUGCUCCAGAUGACCGAGUGAUGUUCAGGACCUGUGAGAGGGAGAAGGACAGAGUCGUCUUCCAGAUGGGAACUGCUGACCCUGACAGAGCGCUGACUGUGGCCUGCCUUGUGGAGAAGGAUGUAGCUGCUAUUGAUGUGAAUAUGGGCUGUCCUAAAGAAUACUCCACUAAGGGCGGGAUGGGAGCUGCUCUCCUGUCACAUCCUGACAAGAUUGAGGCGAUCCUCAAGAAGCUGGUCGCAGGAGUUUCCAUCCCAGUCACGUGUAAAAUCCGAAUCCUGCCUUCGCUGGAGGAAACAGUCAGUCUGGCCCAGAGGAUCGAGAAGACUGGCGUCGCUGCCAUCGCUGUCCACGGCAGGUUGAAGGAGGAGCGUCCCAGACAUCCCGUCCACUGCGAUUACAUUCAGGCCGUCGCUCAGGCUGUUUCCAUCCCAGUCAUCGCCAACGGAGGCUCUCUGGAUCUGGUGAAGACAAACGCAGACAUCAAGGAGUUCAGGAAGGCGACGGCCGCCUCAUCGGUCAUGUUGGCUCGAGCUGCCAUGUGGAAUGCAUCGGUGUUCAGCAGCCAGGGACCACUUCCUGUAGAGAAGGUCAUGGAGGAGUAUCUCAGAUAUGCGAUCCGGUACGACAACCACGCCUUCAAUACAAAGUACUGUCUGUGUCAGAUGCUGAGGGAAAAGGUGGAGUCUCCUCUGGGGAAGCAGGUGCAGGCGGCCCAGACCAACGCUGAGAUCAGCGAGGCGUACGGUCUGCAGGAGUUCUUCCAGCAGACCCAGGAGCAGCUGCAGGCCAGGAGAGACGCCCUGCAGAGCAGCAACCAGCCUGACCGACCCGUGAUGGACGGAGACGUCAUCACUAUGGCUGUCAAGUUUGAACGGAGAGAGUAUCCACCUCAGAUCACUCCAAAGAUGUUUCUGCUGGAGUGGAGCCGCAAGGAGAAACUGGAGCAGCCGCUCUAUGAGACGGUGCAGCGGUCUCAGGAUCGAGCCUUCCAGUCCAUCGUGACAGUGGCUGAGAAGAAAUACAGAUCUUCACUGUGGGAGAAGUCAAAGAAAUUUGCUGAACAAGCUGCGGCCAUCGUCUGUCUGCGAGUUCUGGGGUUACCGGAGGGUCGUAUCGGAGAGGAAGACUCCGGCCUCGUCUGCAAGAGGAAGAGGGAUGUGAGGACGAGCGGCCCCACAGAGGAAGAGGGGAGCAAGAAACGCCAUGUUGCACAUAUGCAACAGGAAACGGCUGCAGUGGCCAACGGUGACGCUCACAAAGGGGACGCGCCUCCAUGACAGCUGGAGCGUUCACAGACAGUCCGAAACUUCACGGACAGACGCUCCUCUAACGACUGAUGGACUCUGUGUGAACCACAAGAGCAAAUCAAGUUUUGAAAAGCUGCUUCAUUUUUUUUCCUGUCCACUAAACAUGAACUGUAAAUUGAAUUGCUUUACUCUCAAACACAAACAGCAGCUGCUCAGCAUGAUUUUUUUAGAAGGUUUUUAGCCUUUUUUUACUUUCAUUGCUUCAGUCAAAGCAGCAGGGGGCAGCACUGAAGUUUCAUGUUAACCUUUUUUCACUUCAGAAAAAUGAAUAUUAACUUUAACCUCAGUGCCUUACUGAAUUUUUUUUUUUUUUGUAUUGAUGGGCCAUCAUUUACAUCAUUUAGUGUCUCUGAAGUAUCUAAAGACAGCCGAUGUUGGAUUAAAUAAGCUGAACUGGAUUUAUUGUAGCUGUAUGGUGCCAUGCGUUUUGUUUGGACUUUUAUUAUUUUAUACAAAUUCAGUAAAAUGACCAAAACUUUUAUCCUGCCAGCUGAUGUUGACACAUGAAGGAGUCACAGUGUUGCGUUUAGGUGACACGUUUCUUCAUCACAAUGAGCAAAGCGCAUGUGCUGCAGAGUGGUCCUUAAUUUAAAGUUGGUCUUUGGUUUGAUGGUUUUUAAUAUCGUUUAAGUCUUGCAUUGAGCCCGAGAGACACCCAGCUGCCGACGUCACCACGAGGCCGCCUAAUGGUGCCUUCAGGGGCACUCCGAGAAACGAAUCGCUGUCUGGCUGAGCGCAGAGAACAAAGCUUUACUGGAAUGCUGUGUGACCACACCACAGCAUUAAAUAUGAGAAGGAUUCAGAUUAGACCAGAAUGAAAAGUAAACAUUACAUAAGGCUACACAACCAAAUGUUUGUUUGUAUCUUUAAAAGACAAGUACAAAUGAACAGACGUUUCAAAAAUAAGCAAGCUGACUGGUAAAAUAAACUUGCAAAGGAAAA